UCCAGUUAUCACGUGUCAUUUAUUUAUUUCCAUAUAAUUUUAACCAUGUUGGCAACCCCUGUCAAAGACCUCCCUAAGUCCCCCCGAACCCACUUUUAUCGCCAAACAUUUCAAGCAAAAGACGACAAGCUCUUGAGCUUCUUCCUGCAGAAAACCCCAAGUGUGCUUUUACGCGAGCUUUCGUCCUUUCUGACUGACAGUGUUGACCUUCCGUCUCUUCUCCACGAAACUUGCGAUGUUCUCAAGAACGUGACAAAGGCGUUUGGAGUCACUUUAUACAUGGUUGACCCCAACAACGAUGAAAUUUACUUGACGAAGAAAAAAGCCAGCGAAUGGCCGAAACACCGGUGGACAAUCGAACAAGGGACAAUUGUUGCGGCUUUCGUCGCUUAUAAAAAAGAAUAUGUGAUGUUGGAGGACGUAACGCGAGAUGAACGCUUCCCUGAAGGGAUCGCACGGAAGGGCGAAGCCGUCAAGUCGGUGCUUUGCGUUCCUGUCGUGACCCCAGAUGGUGACUGUUUGGCAGUCAUCGAGUUGUAUCGGCAAUCAGACCAAGGGCCCUUCUCCAAAGACGACCUCAAAAUCACCAUCGUGGUCACGGGGUGGAUGGGGGCUGCCAUCCACCAAAACCAGCAAAGGGUCGCGUUGAAGAAACAGCAAGAACUCAACGAGUAUCUGCUCGAUUUGACCAAAAACUACUUCUCGGACAAUGUUGUGAUGGAGAAAAUGAUUUCGGACGUUGUGAAAUUUGCGAAAAAAACACUAGGAGCGGAAAGAGGCUCAUUCUUUAUCAUUGAUAAAGAAAACGAGGAACUUGUUGCCGAUCUGUUCGACGAAGGGAUCGACGAACAAGACACAGGUCUUUAUAAGAAAAACACAAAAAUCAGGUUUGGGAAAGAGAGAGGGAUUGCGGGACUGGUGGCAAGAACAGGAGUUGCUUGUAACAUCAAAGAUGCCUACAACGAUUCCAGAUUUAAUAAGGAAAUCGACCAAAAGACCGGAUUCACCACCAAAUCGAUCCUUUGCAUGCCCAUAAUGGGAGUUGAAGGGAUUUUGGGAGUUGUCCAAGUUGUCAAUAAGAUAAAUGGCGGAUAUUUCACAAACACUGACGAGGACCUUUUCAAAACUUUUUCCGUUUAUUGCGCCCUUGCUUUACAUUACACGAAAGUCAACCAACAAAUGAACAAAAUGAUGCACGUUAGUAACAUUUCGCUGAAAUUGCUCCGACUUCAGAUUAAACCGUGCAGUCACGACAUCGAAGAGUUUAUUCAACACCCGGACCCCAAAAUAAGUCCAGAUUUUUACCAGUUUAGUUGGUACAUUAAUCUCAAUAGUUUCGAUCAAAUGCCGCAGUAUUGCCUCUAUAUGAUACUGCAAGUGGUGCACGUUUCCGAAAUCAAUAUCAAAAAUAUGAUGCAGUUUAUUUUAUCGGCCAGAAAAUUAUACAGGAAUAACCCUUAUCACAAUUUUGAGCACGCUUUCAAUGUGUGUCACUGCAUGCAUGCGAUUUUGAGGCGCAACUUGAAAAAAUUUUCAGUUGUUGAGUUGAAAGCGUUGAUAAUAGCGGCAUUAUGCCACGAUUUGGACCACGGAGGCUUCACUAAUAAUUUUCUCCAACUAAUCAAUGAUGAUUUAUCGCAACUUUACGACGAAUCCUUUUUGGAAAAUCACCACUUUCGGGUCACAAUGACGAUUCUAAAUGACUGCGAAAUUUACAGUAAUUUAUCGGAAACCACGUACAAAAUAAUCUCCAAAGAGAUAAAAGAGGCCAUUCUGGCAACAGAUCUGGCGUUGUAUUUCAAAUUUAGAGCAAAGCUGGCCCAGAUAUGCAACGACAGUCUUUUUGACUGGGGCAAUCCAGUGCAUCGGAAUUUUGUUAAAGCUAUAAUGAUGACAAGUUGCGAUUUGUCGGGGCAAUGUAAGCCGUUUUAUGUGGCGAAAAGAAUCACCGAUAACUUGUAUCGCGAAUUUUACCAUCAAGGAGACAUGGAAAAAAAGAUGGGUUUGCAUCCAUUGUCCAUAAUGGACAGGGAAAAACAGCAUACUAUUCCCGAGGAUCAGGUGCAGUUUUUAAGCAUCGUUGUUAUCCCAUGUGUGGAUUUAUUAAGGGUUGUUUUGCCCAAUACUGAGGACUUGUAUAAUGAGGCUUGCACGUUACGUGACACUUGGCAGGAAAUGAUUCACAAGAGAGGGACAACAACACCAACGAAAUAAAUGUACAAAACAGUCUUGAUAUAAAUAAAUUUAUUUGAGUAAA